UCCAAGUCGUGAGUUGGCAUCAGUCAAAGAUUUUCAGCCGCUUUUGACUCGUGAUCAGCUGAAAAGGUCACAUUGAAUGAGGGCCGUGCAUAAUGCAUGGUGGCGGAAAGUGGAUUUUCAGCUAGUUCGUAGUCAAGGUUGAGAAUAUCGUAUAAGUUAUGUAGCUAUACAACUUUAAUUCAGCAAAAGUCGCCCAGGCCCAGGGCCACAACUUACUAAUACAACCCAGGGCCAGGGCCAUUGAGUAGCAAGGAUCAGUCUUCCAGCUAAUGUACUGCUUGCAGCCACAAAGUAGAUACCCUUCUAUGAGCAAAAAUUCACAAGAUCCACAAGGUGGUGUGAUUGCUUGAAAAGACCUCUUCCACGCCAAUCAUCACCCUUCUUCCCCUAAAACACGUUCCAAGCAGGCAUCAGUCGAUACCUGCUACCACCUCUUGCACAAGCUAUGGCUCCCAGAGCUGCUGAGCUGUUCUCACUCAAGGGCAAGACUGCCUUUGUGACGGGCGCCUCUCAGGGGCUUGGCCGCAGGUUUGCAAUCUGGCUGGCAGCCGAGGGGGCCAACGUUGUGCUGGCGGCGCGCAAUGUGGCCAACCUUGAACAAGUCGCUGCGGAGAUUGAGACCGAGGGGGGCUCCGCCAAAGUGGUUCCACUCGACCAAAGACGACAGCACGCUCUCUGCGGUUGAGACAGCCUGGAACGCCUUUGAGGGCGGGGUCGAUAUCGUGGUUAACAACUCGGGCAUCGGCAAUCUCGGGCCGUGUCUCGACUUGACCACUGAGGCGUUUGACGAGGUUAUGAACAUUAAUCUGCGCGGCGCGUUUGUGGUUAGCCGCGAAUUCGCGAAGCGGAUGGUCGCGGCCGGCAAGCGCGGCUCGAUCAUUAACGUGUCGUCCGCAGCCGGGGACGGGGCGCUGAUGUGGGGAGUGCCGUACUGCGCCUCGAAGGCUGCCAUGAACCACAUGACCCGGACGAUGGCCCGGGAGCUCGGCCCGAAGGGCAUCCGCGUGAAUGCGCUGGCGCCCGGUUACAUCAUCACGGACAUCAACGCCACGCUGCUCAACUCUCCGAUGGGCGAACACAUGGCGUCGACUAUCCCCCUACGGAAGUUUGGCGACAUCGAGAAGGACCUGCACGGCGCGCUCCUGCUGCUCGCGAGCGACGCGGGCGCGUACAUGACGGGCUCCGUCGUGGUCGUGGAUGGGGGCGUCGUCAGCGGAACGGUGACGUCAAUCGACCCCGACUGGAAGGACCCCAUUUGAACAGGCAGCCAAAUCGUGGCUUCCACUGGAUUGAGCACGUUGCUGCAGGUUCAAUUGUCCUCAUUAGUGACGACAGAAAGUUGUCGUAACUUAUCGGGGAAGGAUAGUCGAUCAUUGAGCCCAUUUAGUGGUCAUUGUAUCAUCGUCGUGCAUUACGUCCAUUCCUUGACAAAAGCCGGCACUCGCUGCUUACGCCAAGAGUAGCACGCUCAUGCAGCUGAUACAGCUAGCGGUAGAUGCAAGCGAGGCUCGCGCGGGCAAUAAAGGUCAAACAUAGGCACACUUACCCGUUGAAAGCUGUACGAAAAGGGGAAUUGAGAGUACCGUCCCGCGACAGUUCCCGAUUGUUUGUUUCAGCCUCACACAUGCGAAGUAGCCAACGUAGAGCACCACCGUAUCUGGG